UGCCACCUGUCAGUGUCCAUCAGUGCCAGCAGUCAGUGCUCAUCAGUGCCACCUGCCAGUGCCCAUCAGUGCCACAUCAAUGCCACAUAUCAGUGCAUACCAAUGCACAUCAAUGCCACAUAUCAAUGCCCAUCUGAGCUGCCUUUCAAUGUCACCCAUCAGUGCCAGUCAGUGUCACCUAUCAAUGCCAAACAGUGCCACCUAUCAGUGCUGCCAAUCAGUGCCACCUAUCAGUGCCAGUCAGUGUCACCUAUCAGUGCGCAUCAUCAGUGCCACCUAUCAGUGCCAGUCAGUGCUGCCUAUCAGU